GAUAACCUUCAAGUGAUUUUGUCAAUUGUUGAUAAGAAGAAUUACUUUUUAUCAACUUAUUAUUUAGUAGUUUAGAAUCUUGUUUCAACGUAUAUUGUUCUCAAAAUGAAUUCUCUCAAUAAAGUGUUAACUUUAAGUACAACAAUCCCGAAGAAUACGAGGUUGAUUUCAUCAAGUGCACGAUUAGCGAACGCCGACGAUGGAUGGUUUUCGAAGCUGUUGGUGCGAAGGAUUGAACCGACGAAGGAGUCCCACAGUCGGAUGCUUAGUGACAAGGAGAUAAUUUAUGCACUCCACACACAUAACAUAAGGCCCGACUCGAUGGACAAAUACUUGCAAAAUUACAAAACUUCAGUUGAGUUUGUCCAUUCACAAAAAGCAGAACUGGGAUGUGAGUUAGUGGGAUCAUGGACAGUGUCCGUGGGAGAUAUGGACCAGGCCUUGCACCUCUGGAGAUAUGUUGGAGGAUUCGAGAAGAUUGACAAAGCAAAGAUUAUGUUCAAAGAAAAUGCUGAUUAUAGAGCAUUAGAGAAGGAGCGUGGUAGCUUAGUAAGAUCCCGACACUUACAAUACUUGCUGGCAUUUAGCUUUUGGCCCAAUGGAGAACCUCGCGAACCCAGCAACAUUUACGAAAUUCGUUCUUACAGUCUGAAGCCGGGUACUAUGAUCGAGUGGGGCAACAACUGGGCUCGCGGUCUCACUUACCGUCGAUCACAGAAUGAAGCAUUUGCUGGAUACUUCUCGCAGAUUGGACGACUCUACAACGUGCAUCACAUUUGGUGCUACAAAGACCUUCAGGCUCGUCGUGAGACACGUGAGAGCACAUGGCGCAACCCUGGCUGGGACGAGUGCGUGGCCUACACAGUGCCACUCAUCCGCGAGAUGCACUGCCGUAUCCUCGAACCCACACAGUUCUCUCCCACACAGUAAACCACUGCACUCUGCGAACUGCCUUCGACGACCGCAUUUACAAUCCUCUAGAAACCACUGCCUUCAUCUAAAAAUAUUUUUCUAAAGAAUUCGAUGGGGGUCACUAUCCAAUCGUAAACCAUAUCCUAUUUAAAACGCUAGAUAUUUGUAUAAGUUGUUAAUGUAAUUUAUGCAUAAAUUGUAUUGCAGACUAAGACCCAACAUAAGUCUCAGAGUAUGACCCGAGAUACUUCAUUACGACGUUACAUUUGUUGUAAGAUUAAAACUAACAGCUUUGUAGAUGAUAUUGCAUUUAGUGAAAGUAAUCUGAAAUAUUGAUUCAUUUUAUGUGAAUACAGAAGUAUUCUAUGUAUUUAUAUUUGGCAAUUUAAAUCCAGACUAAAUGAAAUUAUAACAUUUACGACUACUAAUUGAAAGAUGAUAUUGGUAGCUAGUCAGAAAGCACAUCAUCAACAUUUUGUUAUUUAUUGUGUUGAGACAAGUACGCACUAGUCCGCAAUAAUAAUAGCACAAUAUUUUUUUCUAUACUUACUAUAUUUUAAGCUGUUAUAUCCAGUAACUACAACAGUUUACAACACUAUAUGAGGAAGACGCGGCACUAGUUUUGUAGUAUAGAUUAUUUUUUUCUUAUUUUUGAUAGCAUUUAUGAAAAACGAAACCGUAAUAUUUAUAUUUAAGAUCAAUUUAAGGCUUAAUUCAAGAUAAUCAUCUGAAAUAAUGUACUUUGGUAUUGUUAUUGUAUAUCCUUGUUUUUGUUUCACUUAUAUGUUAGUUCAGAAAUAGAUUUUUAGACAGUUUUA